AUGGCUCCACGCCGGACAUCUGGUUCGGGCUCUGGCUUUGACUUGGGCCUGGAAUCGUCGACUCUGGCUCGGGGUUUGGCAUCGGCAUCGACAUUGCCGCCAUCAGCACAACCACAGACGCAGACACAGACACAGACACAGACACAGACACAACAUACACCAGCAUCGAUAUCAGCCUCCUCGAUAUCAGCAUCAGCAUCAACUUCGUCGCCUUUUCAUCGCUCGUCGCGGCCGCCUGCGCUCUCUGCGGCUUUUCUGUUCUCAUCCUCAACUUCAACUUCAGCCGCUAGUCCUUCCUCUGGUUCUUCUACCGCUUCAUCAUCCACCGCGCCGCCGCAGCGACUCUCUUUUCCCUUUUCACCACUUCCGGCGUCUCCCGCGGCUGCUUCUCCCUCCGCCUCUGCAUUUGCAUCAUCGGCGUCUUCUGCCUCUACAGCCGCUGCCACUGCCUCUGCAUCGGCUUCUGCUUCUGCUGCUGCUGCUGCCUCACCAUUUCCCUCCUCCGCCUCCACCGCCCGCCCGAUUCUGCCGCCGCUGCCUCAGGUUUCGCCACUCAGCCGAUUUCUGUCGGAGCGACCACUCUCACACUCACACUCGCAUCUACACUCACAUCUACAUUCGCACUCGCAUUUACACUCACACUCGCACUCACGCCUCUCCGAAUUUGCCUCUCCACGGCCACCUUUUCCAGUCUCGCUCGAUAGCCUCACCACGCUGCAGCCUGAUCCCUACUCGCCCCUCAACUCGCCCUUCAGCCGCCAUCCGCUGCUGCUUGGCCCGCAGUCGACGAGCUUUUGGUCCACCUACCGGAGCCAGCUCGACCAGCCGACCGACUGGCUGCAGGAUGAUUCUGCCGCUCCAAACAUCGGCGUCCUUGCUGCCAGAGCCUUUGGUUUUAACCUGAGCGACUUCUCCUCCUUCACGCCCUUCACUUCGCAGCCGCCCUUGCUCCAGUCACCGUCGCGGCCGCCGCGACGUUCUCCAGACCUUCGCUUCCCCUUCGACUCCGGCACCCCUCCUGCGCCACCUCCGGCCUCAGUCGCGACACCAGCAUCCGCUUCGCAAGCCGCCUCCGCUUCCUCCUCGGCGUCCGCAGCGCCUCCUUCACGUCACCCCCAUCACGCCCGCGCGCCGACAGCAGCAUCCGCUAGCCGGAUUAGCGCCACGGCCGAGAAUCCUGCCUCACCUCCAGCCUCUGGCCAAGGCUUCGCUCAUCCCUCAAACUCUGCUGAAGCCGCUUUCGAUAGCGACAACAGUGCCCUCGACGACCUUUUCUACGAGCUUGACGGCUUUCCAGGCUUCCCGCUGCCCAUCGCCGAUACCGCCAACCCGUCUUCUCUCUCCGCAUUCGCCACCAUGCCUCCGGCAUCAAGACGAUCGACACGCAGCCGGCUUCAGCCGCCCGAAGCUCACGACCCGUCAGCUUCUACUCCAAAUGCCAGCAAACGGCGGAGGGUUUCGACUUCUGCCGCUCAACCCACAUCCCUAGAGACUGUGAUAGAUGACGACGACGGCGAAAACUGGCCCUUGUUUGGCUCCACGCCCCCGAGAGCCGGGUCGAGCUCUGAUUUGAAAAACGAGGACUUUACUACGAUCGAUCUCACCGAAGUUAACGACGUUCCUGAGGAGCUCAGAAAGCCAGAGGUGGAUAACAGAGUCAAACUGUCCGCGUUCCAGUGCGUAAUAUGCAUGGACGACGUGACGGGGUUGACUCUCACGCAUUGUGGGCACCUAUUUUGUGCCCAGUGCCUCUACUCCUCGCUUAGCAUCGAAUCAACAAGGGGCAAAUGUCCCAUGUGCAGAUCCAAGAUCGACAUGAAGCCUCGCGAAAACUACUCAACCAAGACAAAAGGAUACUGGCCGCUGGAGCUCAAACUGAUGACGAGAACGCGCCAAGGCAAACGCAAAGCCCAAGCCAUGGAGUAA